AUGAAGGCCAUGCCCCUACCCUUUGAGGACUUUCAAGGGAAGGGGGUGUUAGAUUUCUCUUCUUCGUCUACUUCCUCUCCAGAUUCACUGCAUCAACUCCGCCACAAGUGGCAAAACAAUUACAGCAAAAAAAACUGUGGGUUUUUUGUGGGCAGCACUGAGCCCACAUCUGUGCUUGACACGAUAAGCAGACAAAGCCCACCAACGUCGUCCUCAACACUGUCUUCUUCUCAAGGUGGAGGAGGUGGUGGCGGAGGAGCCUCCACCGCCACCAACAACGGCGUGGCAGCAGCUGCUGGAAGCAACCCUUGUGUAGAUGAAAAAUGUGGACAGCAACUUGGAAUGGAGGAUUGGGAGAGUGUGUUGUCAGGGUCUCCUAGUCAGGAACAGUCAAUUUUAAGGCUAAUUAUGGGUGAUAUGGAGGACCCAUCUUUGGGACUUAACAAGUUGUUACAAGGUGGAAAUAGGUCUCAAGAUAUGGAGCUUAAUGCAUCAGGUUUUGGUGUAGUGGAUCAGGCUUUUGGCUUUGAAGUACCCAAUAUGAGCACCGCAAGUUCAAACUUGGUCGCCAACAACAACAACAGUGACCCUUCUUCAAUCCAUGGUACUUAUCCUGAUUUUCCUCUUGUUGGCCACAGUGUUACUGGAAUUAUUAAUAUUGGUUGUCUGUUGAACCAAAAUCCAUCACCAAUUCCUGUUUUGUUUAAUCCAGUAAUCAAUCUUUUGCCAGGUUUGUUUCAGCAACAGCAUCAGCAGGCAGCAUUUGAUCAAGAUGAGAAGCCGCACAUUUUGAGUCCAGGGGUGAUCAUAAACCAAAACCAACAUCAGUAUGUGCAAAAUCCAGCAAUGCUUUUGCCAUUAUCAUAUGCACAAUUACAAGAGCAUCAUAAUAAUCAACAUUUUUUAUCACCGCCACCGUCGAAAAGGCUUAACUCUGGGCCUGUCGGAGCCAAUUAUGUGCCAAAAGUCUUUGAUUCGAGGUCUCCUGAGUUGUUUCUCCCUCGACAACACCACCACCACCAGCAGAACCAUCAGUUUCAAAUGAUGCAGCAGCAGCAGCAGAGGCAGGGAAUGAUCAUAAAGCAGAAAAUUACAAGUGAUGAAUUGACAAACCAGCAGCAGGUUCAACAGGCAAUAAUAAACCAGAUAUGUCAAGCAGCAGAGCUGAUCGAAACUGGGAAUCCGGUACUUGCGCAAGGGAUAUUGGCGCGGCUCAAUCACCAGCUCUCUCUUCCAAUCGGUAAGCCUUAUCAAAGGACUGCUUUUUACUUCAAGGAGGCCUUGCAGCUACUUCUCAAUAUGAGCAACAACUCUAUUGUUAAUGCUUGUAACCUGAUUUUCAAGAUUGGUGCUUAUAAAUCUUUCUCUGAGAUCUCACCGAUCCUUCAGUUUGCGAAUUUUACUUGUAACCAAGCCCUUCUCGAGGCUUUUGAGGGGUUUGAGAGAAUUCAUAUUGUGGAUUUUGAUAUUGGAUAUGGUGGACAAUGGGCUUCUCUUAUGCAAGAACUGGCUUUAAGGAAUGGAGGUGCCCCUUCUCUUAAAAUCACCGCUUUUGCUUCUCCUACCUCGCAUGAAGAGCUCGAGCUCGAGCUUGGUUUCACUCAAGAAAAUUUAAGAAUCUUUGCAAGUGAAAUCAACAUGCCAUUUGAGCUUGAAAUUUUAAGCCUUGAAUCCUUGAGUUCUGUUUCUUGGCCAUUGCCUCUUGGCAUACCGGAAAAGGAAGUAAUUGCUGUGAAUCUUCCAAUUGGCUCCUUUUCAAAUUAUCCAUCAACUCUUCCUUUGGUGCUUCGGUUUGUAAAGCAGCUGUCACCCAAAGUCGUGGUCUCUUUGGACAGAGGCUGUGACCGAAGUGACCUCCCAUUUGCGCACCAUGUAAAUCAUGCCAUUCAAUCUCAUUCAAGUCUGCUGGAAUCACUGGAUGCUGUGAAUGUGAACUUAGAUGCACUGCAAAAGAUUGAGAGGUUUUUUAUCCAACCGGGCAUUGAAAAAAUUGUACUGGGUCGUCAUCGUUGCCCUGAUAGGACUCCUCCUUGGAGGAAUCUCUUUUUGCAGUCUGGUUUCACUCCAUUGACAUUCAGUAACUUCACCGAGUCGCAAGCUGAGUAUUUGGUGCAACGUACACCAGUCAGGGGUUUCCAUGUUGAAAAGAGGCAAUCUUCUCUUGUUCUUUGCUGGCAGAGGAAGGACCUCGUGUCAGCUUCUGCUUGGAGGUGUUAA